CUAACAGCUGCUAAAACUCUAUUGUGAAUGAUUUUUAUUUUAAUAAAUUUGCACUUGUUUUUCCUCCUUACCUUUUCAUUAAAUUUGUUAAUUUUUGUAUUAAAUUCUUAAAUAAUCUCUACAAAAAUGGCUUUAUUAAGAAGAGCUGCUGCUCAGCUUUGGCAAACAAAUUUAUUAAAUGCUAAACCCAUAACAACAACAGCGGUACAACACAUCAAGGAAAUACAACAAAAAGUCGAAAAGGAUACUUUAAUUAUUGAGGCCGUUACUAAGCCUUCACCCCGUGUUGAUAAAAUGUUGAAAGCUGCUUGUACGGAAAAAUUCUGUCCCGAGUGCACUCUGGGCUUGGAACUCAAGCAUACGGAUGUUUUAAUUUUAUCACAAUAUGUGCGUUCAGAUGGUUGUAUGUUGCCCAAACGUAUUACCGGCUUGUGUCAUAGACAGCAGAAGAAAAUUGGAACAUUGGUGACUAUGGCUCAAAAGGCAGGUUUAAUGCCUAACUUGACACCGGAGAACAGUAAAAAAGAUCCUAAAAAACGUUAUGGCUGGAAAAAGUUUAAUAAAUAUUUCGAUGAAAAGACGAUUAAAUACUAAAAGAGUUAGUUGUUGAAAAUGUUCAAAAUAAUAAAUUUAAUUAAAAUAUAAAUCAUUAACAUUUAUGUUAAGUUAAUCAGAACUCACUGUUUACAUUAUUCAUGAUGUUUAGUAAACUUGUUUACAUUUUGUUAUUAACCGUUAUUUGCUAAAUGUAUGUUUAAACAAGGAUAUAAAGAAUGAAUAAUGACAGUUGUCACUUUUUUCGCUUUUGUUAUUGACGCUUAAAUAAAGGCGCUUUAAAUAGUCUUUUUUAGAGUGUGAAAAUAUGAAAAAAUAUUGAAAUAAAUUGUUGAGCAUUGUUUAAAAUUAA